AUGAGGAAAAUCAAGAAUAAUACAACACACAAGGCGGUUUAUUGGUGGACUCCGGACAUAAACAGGGAAAGGAAAACGUGCAUCUCUCUGCGCAGAAAACUCACUAGGGCCAGAAAGAAAGCUAAUAACACGGAAGACCUUCCUCUCUGGAAAAAGGACAGAUGCUGGAGAGAACUCUGCUGUGAGUUAGAGAACGAUAUCUGGGGAAAGGCCUUCCAGAUAGUUUGCCGUAAAUUCCCAAGAACAGCCGAAAAGAUAAGCAGAGAAACUGCAGAGGCAGCUCUGAAAGAACUUUUCCCUAUAAGAGCACCCUUCCAGAGGACGACACUACCGGUAGAAGAGUUUAUACCUUUCACCAAUGAGGAUAUAGUGGCAGCGGCUAGUAAGCUGAGGAAAGGUAAAGCGCCAGGAAUGGACGGCGUUCCGGCAGAGUGGAAGACCGCCAAGCUGGUUCUGAUCAGGAAGUCGGGAGGGGAUGCUGAUGCUCCAGGCAAAUUAAGACCCAUCUCAUUAGUGAGUUCUGCCUCGAAACUGAUGGAACAGCUGAUUCUCCAAAGACUCAGGGCGGAGAUGGAGGAUGGAGAGGACUUAUCUGAUAGACAGUUUGGCUUCAGACCUGGACGCAGUACCACUGAUGCCUUGCUCUCGGUGGUUAGGACUGCAAGAAAGGUUAUAGAGAGUUGCUAUCAGCAUAGAGGGCUAUGUGUCCUGGUGACGCUUGAUAUAACAAAAGCCUUCAACGCUGCGGAAGUGCUGGCAUACGCGGAUGAUCUGGCGAUAAUAGUACGAGCGAGAGAUGAGACGAGCUUGAAGGAGAAGGUGGAGCACGCCGUGGAACUAAUAUGUAGUUUUCUGGCUGGGAGGGAACUGUCCAUUGCCGCGCAUAAAACAGAGGCUUUGCUCAUGGUAGGUAGGAAACAUGUGAAACAGUUGUGUUUCAACAUCGCUGGGAAGGAGGUUCGCCCGAGCAAUCAAAUAAAAUACUUGGGGGUGAUCUUGGACGGACAGCUAAGUUUUAAACAGCACAUCAGGCAUAUCUCGGGCAAAGCAAAGGAGAAAGCACUUACAUUGUCCCGUAUUAUGCCAAAUAUAGGGAGAGGAGGCGAGUUCAAGAGAAGAGUUUUGGGAGGGGUCACAAACUCCAUAAUGCUGUAUGCUGCUCCGGUCUGGGGGACAGCGAUGAGAGUGAAGGCGUACAGGAACACUCUCAGAAGAGUACAGAGGCUGACUAAUCUGAGAAUAUGUCGGGGCUUCCGCACGAUAUCCAGCGAGGCGGCCGCAGUCAUAGCAAGCUCCUGCCCAAUCGAUUUGCUGGUCGAGGAAAGGAGGAGCAUCUAUGAAAACCCGGAAGUUGAAAAGCCUGAAGCAAGGCGCACAACCUUAAGAAAAUGA